UGUGAUUGGUGAACACGUCGGGCUCCUGUCCAAUCACAUGUGUCUCUCUGGGAGGGGAAGCCCGGGUCCAAAUUAACUGCCGCUUGUUCCUUGUUGUUGUUAGUCUUGCAAUUGGCGCGAUUUCCCUUUUCUCAUUAUGUUUGGUACGGAGUCUGAUGGAAGGAGCAGCAUUUCUCCUUCGCUUUGACUAUUUUUUAUUUUCAUCCACACAAACAUUGGCUCCUCCUAGGACUACCCAAGCCUGUGUGGUAUGAUCAUAUCGCACUAGAGAGAUUUGAAAUCAACAUGAUCAAGUGGGGAGUCAUAUUACUGAGUUUGACAUUAUCACGGUGCCUACAAAUAGCAUCAUGCCAAACCCAUGAAGUGGUGUGUCCCGGGACGCAGAAUGGACUGAGCUCCACGGGUUCUCAGGAGAUUCAGUACAACCUGAUCAAGGACCGGUACGAUGGCUGUGAGAUCAUCAUGGGAAACCUGGAGAUCACUCAGAUCGAGAGUUGCCGCGACUUCUCCUUCCUCAAGGCGAUCCGUGAGGUGACCGGCUAUGUCCUCAUUGCCAUGAACCACUUUCAGGAGAUUCCUUUGGGGCAACUACGGGUCAUCAGAGGAAACAGCCUUUACGAGAGACGCUUCGCUCUCUCUGUCUUCUUCAACUACCCCAAGGAUGGCUCCAACGGCCUGCGCCAGCUGGGCCUCGCAAACCUGACAGAGAUUCUCGAGGGAGGAGUACAGAUUAUCAACAACAAGUACCUUAAUUAUGGCCCCUGGGUCUUCUGGCGAGACAUCAUCAGGGACAAUGGUGCUCUCAUUGACAUCCAGCACAAUGGAGAGAAAGGGCCUUGCCAUAAAUCCUGUGGAGAUUACUGCUGGGGCCCAAACGUGGACCAAUGUCAGAUCUUGACUAAGACGGUGUGCGCUCCGCAGUGUAAUGGUCGCUGUUUUGGGACGAGCCCCAGGGACUGCUGCCACAUAGAAUGUGCAGCGGGAUGUAAAGGCCCUCUGGACGUGGAUUGUUUUGCAUGUCGUCAUUUCAACGACUCUGAAGCCUGCGUGCCUCAGUGUCCACAGACUUUGAUCUAUAACAAGCAGACAUUUCAAAUGGAGACCAACCCUAAUGCCAAAUAUCAGUACGGAUCAAUCUGUGUCUCCCAGUGUCCCACCCAUUUCGUGGUGGACGGUAGCUCCUGUGUGAGCGCUUGUCCACCAGACAAGAUGGAGGUGGAGAGAGACGGCCAGAAGCAGUGUGAGUUCUGCAGCGGACUCUGCCCAAAAGUGUGUGAAGGCACCGGCGCCGAGCAUCGACAAACGGUGGACUCCAGCAACAUAGACAGCUUCAUCAACUGCACCAAGAUCCAGGGCAGCCUUCACUUCCUGGUCACAGGGAUUCUCGGAGAUGACUUUAAGAACAUCCCGGCGUUGGAUGCCAAAAAGCUGGAGGUUUUUCACACCGUCAGAGAAAUAACAGAUAUCCUAAACAUCCAGUCGUGGCCCGAAGAACUGAAUGAUCUGUCAGUUUUUUCGAGUCUCACAACCAUUCAAGGGAGGUCUCCUGACAAGCGAUUUUCUCUGAUGGUGAUGCGCAUCCACACUCUUACCUCACUGGGCUUGCGCUCUCUCCGGGAGAUCAGUGAUGGCAGUGUGUACAUCAGUCAGAAUGCCAACCUCUGUUACCACCACACGGUGAACUGGCUGCAGCUGUUCAGAGGCCGCAGAGUUCGAGUCAACAACUUCAACAACAACAGGCCGCUGGCCGAGUGCGUUGCACAGGGCCAUGUGUGUGACCCGCUGUGUUCGGACUCAGGAUGCUGGGGCCCGGGACCCGACCAGUGUCUCUCCUGCAGGAACUACAGCCGAGAGGGCACAUGUGUUGGAAGCUGUCAUUUCUACACUGGAGCUCCCAGGGAAUUUGCAGGACCUGAUGGUGAGUGCGUUGCCUGUCAUCCAGAGUGCAAGCAUCAGACUGGGACGUCCAGCUGUACUGCACUGGGUGCAGACAAGUGUCUGGCAUGCGCCAACCUUCAAGAUGGUCCCUUCUGUAUGUCCUCUUGUCCCACUGGGGUAAACGAUGGACAGACAGGACUGAUUUUCAAAUACCCCAACAGGCAAGGUCACUGUGAACCAUGUCACCAUAACUGCACCCAAGGAUGUUCAGGCCCAGGACUAAAUGAUUGUUUGGAGGCAACUAGACUGGCAGUAAGCAGUGGUCAGAUCACAGGCAUAGCCUUGGGUUUGCCGGCUGGCUUGGUGUUAUGCCUGGUGUUGUUCUUCCUGGGCGUGCUUUACCACAGAGGAUUGGCUAUCCGCCGCAAGAGAGCCAUGAGGAGGUACCUGGAGAGCGGAGAGAGCUUUGAGCCACUUGGUCCCGGAGAGAAAGGCACCAAGGUUCAUGCCCGCAUCCUCAGGCCUGCAGACCUGAAGAAAAUAAAAUCCCUUGGCUUUGGGGUUUUUGGUACAGUGCACAAGGGUGUUUGGACUCCGGAGGGAGAGACCGUGAAGAUCCCUGUGUCCAUUAAAACCAUUCAAGAUAGCUCGGGCCGACAGACCUUCACCGAGAUCACCGAUCAUAUGCUGUCCAUGGGCAGCUUGGACCAUCCCUACAUUGUUCGGCUGCUGGGCAUUUGUCCAGGUCUCAGUCUGCAACUGGUGACCCAGCUCAGUUCUCAGGGCUCUCUACUGGAGCACAUCAGGCAUCACAAGAACAGCAUGGACCCCCAGCGCCUGCUCAACUGGUGUGUGCAGAUUGCUAAAGGUAUGUACUACCUGGAGGAGCACCGCAUGGUCCACAGGAACCUGGCCGCUCGCAACAUCCUGCUUAAGAACGACUACCAGGUCCAGAUUUCUGACUACGGUGUAGCAGACCUCCUCUAUCCCGACGACAAGAAAUACAUCUACACUGACACCAAGACUCCGUUAAAAUGGAUGGCCCUGGAGAGCAUCUUGUUUCGAAGAUACACUCAUCAAAGUGACGUUUGGAGUUAUGGGGUGACAGUGUGGGAGAUGAUGUCAUUCGGGGCGGAGCCUUAUGCAUCCGUGCAGCCUCAGGAGGUGCCGAGUCUGCUGGAGAAGGGCGAACGCCUGUCACAGCCCCACAUCUGUACCAUAGACGUCUACAUGGUCAUGGUUAAGUGCUGGAUGAUCGAUGAAAAUAUAAGGCCGACCUUCAAGGAGCUGGCCAGCGACUUUACUCGCAUGGCAAGAGACCCGCCCAGAUAUCUUGUCAUCAAGUUGGAAGGAGGAGAAGCUGCCUCAGUGGAGCUCCAUCGGAGGGAAUCAGAGCGAGGGCUUCUGCAAGCGGAUUUGGAAGACCAACACGAGGAAGGCCUGGAGGAUGGUUUGACAACUCCUCCUCUCCAACACUCCCCAUCUUGGAGUCUGUCUCGGUCGCGGAUUAAUUCGUACAGGAGUGGUACCUCUCAUAUUGGACCUAUUGGAUAUCUGCCAAUGAACCCCAGCCCCGUGGACAGCAUCCGCCAGCUGUGGCUUCAGAGGUCUCGACUGAGCUCGGUGCGCACGCUGCCCGAGAAGUCGGAGUUCAGCCGCAGUGGCAGAGAGGCGGAGCGGCAUGAGGAGGGUUCACGGACCGGGAGUCUUCACAGGGCCAGGUUUGGCUCCGAGAGGGAAACUUGUGUGUCCAUUGGCCGGCACAGGAAGCUCUCAUCAGCAUCAAGUCCAUCCUCGUAUAAAGUGUGGGCUGCCGAGGAAGAAGAGGAGGUGGACCACUAUGGCUACGUCCUGGCUGGGCCAAAUCUUACUCCACAGAGAGUCUGCAGCAUCUCUCAUUCCGGACAAAGAAACUCAAGACUCAAGAAUAAUCUGUCUAUUGUGGUUAUAUACCCCUCCCAGGAGUAUGAAAUCAUGAGCAAAGAGUCUGGUGCUCCCCUUUGCUCGACAAGUAGCGUCUUAUCACAGGCAGACGCCGCCUCAGUGGCAGUUGGCUUCGAAAUCUCGCCAUUACCUUCACCAACGCAGGCUUCUUUACCCGGAGAGGAAACUACGGAUGUGGAACCUCCGACACAAAUCUCAGCUCAAAGGAUUGAGCAAGAAGAUGAGGAUUGUGAAGGAGGUGUUGCAGAGCAAAGGAACUCCACAGAGAAACAUCCGCUCGCUGUAUUCUCUGUUUGUGGGAUGAGAGCUUCGGAUGACCAAGGAGGGGCAGCUCAAGGGAUAGGCAGGUAUGAAUACAUGGAUAUCAGACGAUCAAACUCUACGGAGGGAGAGUCUCCGGCCCUGGAGAGGUGUGGGCGGCAAACAUCUUCAAAGAGUGCAGCAAAGACAGCGGACCAAAUAGUGGUUUUGUUGAAGAAAGAGCUUGAGGAGGAAGGGGAGAAAUACCACAAGACAAACAAACUACCUGCACUUCAGGGCAAUGUGAGCGGUGCGGUCAUGCCUGGGCCAGAUGUGCUCACAGCAGAGGGUGAAAUGGUGGAGGAGUAUGAGGAGAUGACCAGAUUUGGAGUGGUUCCCAGUGGGUGGGAGCAGGCGGACUACCAGAACCUCCCACUGAAGGGGGAAGCUGUUUCUGAGGAGAUGGGUAGUGACAGGUGUGAGGGCAUUGGGGGAUACAUCAAGGUGUUCGCUGGCGUGGGGGAGCCUGGCAGCAACACAUCAUUUGACAACCCAGACUACUGGCACAGCAGACUGUUCCUCAAGCCAGAUGCUGUUAGCACCUAAUAAUGUGGAUUGGGACGGAGAGACAGCAACAGUUAUGUUUGUACCUGUCAUUUUGUAAAGUUUUCCAGCUUUUCUUCUUUGAGCUGCACCAACAAACUUUGAAAGAUAAAAGAAAUAGCAAAAUGAGGGGAUCAUGUUCCAUUGAAGUAGAACGGUAUUUUUGUACAAUUUUUAUGUAAAAUUAUGAUACGAAUGAAUAAAAUUCCAAUAUUUUUCAAAUAUCAAA